CACUUCCAUGCUGAGGCUCCUUGAGCUGACGGCUGCCUACUGCCCGCAAACCCUUCCCUGCUCUCUGCGGGAAAUGCGUCCCUCCAGCCUGCACUGACUUCCCUGGGGUGCCCAGGCAGAAACGAGCAGCCAAGCCAGGCUCCCUCCAGGGGAUACUUGUCUCUCUUGCUUUAAAUGUGACUGAUCAUUUCCCCCCGCCCAGGAAUACCUUGCGGUGUUUCCCAAGUCCAUCUCCUGGAGGCGCACCCACUGAUGGCACUCAAGACCUCAAGGGAGGUGUCCUGCGCCUUGUGGGAUCAGGCCUUGGAAGUGAUAAGGCAGUAUGUAUAACAGUUUCUUGAUGAACUGCAACUGAAUAGCUGACACUGCAUACUACACUAUGCCUUUGGAGAUGGAGCCAAAAGUUAACAAUCUUACCUUUGGGUGUCAACGAAGCUCAACAUCCGAUGAUGACUCUGGCUGUGCCUUGGAAGAAUAUACCUGGGUUCCACCAGGUCUUAGACCAGAACAGGUACAGCUAUACUUUGCCUGUUUGCCGGAGGAGAAGGUCCCUUACAUUAACAGCCCUGGAGAAAAACAUAGAAUUAAACAGCUUCUGUACCAGUUGCCACCCCAUGAUAAUGAGGUGAGAUAUUGUCAAUCUUUAAGUGAAGAAGAAAAGAAGGAACUACAAAUGUUUAGCACUCAGCGUAAGAAGGAGGCAUUGGGACGAGGAACUAUUAAACUGCUCUCAAGAGCAGUAAUGCAUGCAGUCUGUGAACAGUGUGGUACAAAAGUAAAUGGAGGUGAAGUUGCAGUGUUUGCUUCAAGAGCUGGACCUGGAGUGUACUGGCAUCCAUCAUGUUUUGUGUGCUCUACAUGUAAUGAGCUUCUUGUUGACCUAAUCUACUUCUACCAAGAUGGAAAAAUUCACUGUGGUAGACACCAUGCUGAACUUCUCAAACCUCGUUGCUCAGCAUGUGAUGAGAUCAUCUUUGCUGAUGAGUGCACAGAAGCUGAGGGUCGCCAUUGGCAUAUGAAGCAUUUUUGUUGCCUUGAGUGUGAAACUAUCCUUGGUGGACAGAGAUACAUUAUGAAGGAUGGACGUCCAUUCUGCUGUGGGUGUUUUGAAUCUCUUUAUGCUGAGUACUGUGAGACCUGUGGAGAACACAUAGGUGUUGACCAUGCUCAGAUGACCUAUGAUGGACAGCACUGGCAUGCCACGGAGACUUGUUUUUCUUGUGCUCAGUGCAAGGCUUCUCUGCUGGGUUGUCCUUUUCUUCCCAAGCAAGGACAAAUUUACUGUUCAAAAACUUGUAGUUUGGGAGAAGACGUUCAUGCCUCUGACUCAUCUGAUUCUGCAUUUCAGUCUGCACGAUCAAGAGACUCCAGAAGAAGUGUUCGUAUGGGAAAGAGCAGCCGAUCAGCUGACCAGUGCAGACAGUCUCUUCUACUGUCACCAGCACUGAAUUACAAAUUCCCUGGUCUUUCUAGCAAUGCUGAUGAUACUCUUUCUCGCAAGAUGGAUGACUUAAGCCUUUCAAGGCAAGGAGCAGGCUUUGUGAAUGAAGAUUUUUGGAAAGGAAGAGCAGAGCAGGAAGUGACCGAAGACCCUGACGAGUGGGCUGAGCAUGAAGACUACAUGACUCAACUCCUCCUAAAAUUUGGUGAUAAAGGCCUCUUUCAGCAGCCUGCUGAAGUAGAUGUUACAUCAAAUGAACACUGGAUUUCUGAUCAUGUUAAAAGCAAAUCAGAUUUGAAAAAAAAUAAUCAAAGCCUGGCAAGUAAAAAAUAUCAGGUAGACAUGUAUUGGGCCCAGUCACAAGAUGGUUUAGGGGAUUCUGCAUAUGGCAGCCAUCCAGGCCCUGCCAGUAGUAGAAAAAUUCAAGAGUUAGAUAUGGAACAUGUGGCUUCAGGAUACAAACAUGACCAGACACAGUGGUAUGAAGGUUCCUUGGAAUGUUUGUCUGAUCUGAAACAACAAGAGCAAAGCGUUCGAGAUUCAAUGGAUUCCUUGGCUUUGUCUAACAUCACAGGGGCCUCAGUGGAUGAAGAAAGCAAAUCAAGGCCAUCUUUUUAUUCUUUGCAAACUUUCCAGGAGCUGGAGGCAGAGGACUGUGAGAAAAUGAGCAAUAUGGGAACUCUAAAUUCUUCAAUGCUCCAUCGGAGUGCAGAGUCUUUAAAGAGUUUAAGCUCAGAGUUAUGUCAAGAAAAAGUGUUGUCAGAAGAAAAGCCAGCACACAUGCCUGUACUUAGAAGAUCCAAAUCCCAGUCUAGACCACAACAAGUAAAGUUUUCAGAUGAUGUUAUUGACAAUGGGGAUUAUGAGAGUGUUGAAAUUCGCCAACCUCCAAUGAGUGAAAGGACUCGUAGGCGUGUUUUUCAUUUUGAAGAACGUGGGAAUCGGCAUCAGCAUCGUCGCAGGAGAAGUAGGAAGUCUCGUUCAGAUAAUACACUUCAUUUAACUACAGAAAGAAGAUGUUCACCAAAAGAAAGACUUCAAUUUUACUCACCUCAGGAUUAUGGCAAAUUUAUCCAAAAUAAAAGCCCUCAUGAGGUUCAAGCAUACAUUCAAAACACAGAACUCUAUGGACAGUAUGCCCAUGCUAUGUCUGAUUAUGCACUGCGGAACCAGGCAGUUGAUAAAUUUUUUGGACUGUAUGGUGAGGAAGAAGACUCUUGGUGUUCAACUUCUUCAUCAUCAUCAUCAUCGUCUGAUUCUGAAGAGGAAGGAUAUUUUCUUGGACAGCCAAUUCCACAGCCACGAUCACUGAGAUACCCAUACUAUACAGAUGACCUUUCCAGUCCAAGCACUGCACUCGCCAGUUCUCAGUUUGGGCAAAGGACAACCAAAUCAAAGAAGAAAAAAGGACAAAAAGGCAAAAACUGCAUAAUUUCUUAACCCAUUAAGACUAACAGCUGAGAAGACACAUUCAUAUAAACUUUGUAGCUAUAAUCUGUAAAUGAUAACCUUACUGAUGUUUACAGUGUAAAACUAACAUUCAGACAUGUCAUUUCUUCCAAUUAUCAGAUAUUGCCAGGUUUUCAUAAUAUAUACUGUGGUUAUCAAAACAUCGCAGCUUUACUUCCUUACUACAGUCUUUCAUACAGACUUUGUGUAGACAUAAACAUUGUUUUGGAAAUUCAUUCCUGUUUAAACAUAUAUGAGAGGGUACAAUAAGAGUGAACUGAAGAUAAAAAAAAAAUGCUUGUUCACUGUUGCUUUACGUAUUCGGAUGGCCACAAUAUCUUUGUUUUUACCUUUUGAGAGGAAAAGGAAGGGUUCUGUGGUGUGUUCCUUUCCUGCAACCUCCAUUAGAACAAUCACAGCCUGGCUUGCCUUUCUUUGCACAUCAAACUGGAGUUUUAACCUAUUGCUUUUAUUUUAUUGAACUGUGAUCUGCAGCUUUCCCAUUCUUCAAUUGUGUGUGCGCCAGCUCUUUAAAGGAACGGAACCUCCAGUAAAAAGAGGCAGAUCAGAAAAUGACAUUUCAAAUAUCUGCGGCCAUUGUCCUAUCGUACAGAAGCAGUAAAUGGCCCAGACUUCUUUAAAAGAUUAAGAAUUCCAGGCACCCUUUCAAUGCAAUUUUUUAUUAACUAACGUAAUCCAAGGUACAGCUGGUUUAGAACUGGACUGGCAUUGUUUCACUGUAGGACAUGCACGUAGCUAUAAUUAACGUUUUAAUACAAAGUAUGGUUUUCCUUAAAAACCUCUUUU